AGGCGGCAGCACCCUGACGUUUGGCUGUUCUCCAUUUCCAGGCUUCCGAGUUCCGACUACUGGGCGCCACACGCGGCGCAAGCGCAGGAGGCACGCCAUCUGUUCUUGCUGUCGCUCUCCCCAACCCCAAGCAUAAACCCCUGUGUCCUCGUACAAACCGAAACCGAAACCAAACUCCGCCACGAGUGGGGCGAGCGGAUACACGAGCUCGUGAAAGCUUGAUCUGCUCUCCUUGUUUUCGAUCUUUCGCAGUCGCCGAUCCCCCCUCCCGCUCGAGGUUGCUGUUUUUCUUUUUGAGAUUUCCCCCGGAUCUUUUCGGUGCUGUUUUGUUGUUGUUUCGUUUCAGGAUCGCGUAGUCUCGGCGAUUUCCCCGAGAGUGGUUCUUGGAACUUCAGGGUUGGAGGAAUACGGUGUGCGCUAGACAGCAGUCUCCGCGGUUGUUGUACACUUACACAAUGUUGACAUAUCCUAUAUUGAACGACCGAUCAAUUGAUCAGUGGACGGUUACUGAGUUGAAGGAUGAGCUUGAGCGAAGGUAUCUGCCUGUCAGUGGUUCGAAGGAUGAGCUUUUGAAGAGACUCUUUGAGGCCAUGCAGGAUGAGAUACUUGAUGGUGAGGGAAAAACAACUGUUGUAACUUCCCCUCCUGAGGAAUUGAAAGGUGGUGAAACUCCUGGUUCCAUUGAUGUAUCUGUUAACCAGGCUUCAAUUGAGCAACAUGUUCAUAAAGGUGCUUCCGAGGUUGCGAAACAGGGGGUAGGUCUUGUUAUCUCUGUUACAGAAGCUUAUGAUGAAAGUACAUUUGCUACUUCAGAAGUUACUCAGGAGGCUGUGGUUGGUACUGCAGAAGUUAGUCAGAGAAGUUUGGAUGCUGUUGCAGAAGUUGAGUCUUGUCUAGUUGAUGCAGCUGCAACUGAUGAACCCGAUGGUAAUGGUCAAGGUUCAGCUUCAAGUGGUGAUACUAUAGUGAAGGAAGGAAGUCCGCGCUCUGAAGGUCAUGGCAAUACUAUUGAGAAGACCCCAGAAGAUGGCACCAAUAAGAAAAUAGCUGUCGAUGAUGAACCUUCUGACCUUACUGGUGGUGACAUCAAGUUGGGCCUCGAUGUGCACAGCAAGAUUCUAAAGCUGGAAGAUGAACCCGCACCUCCUCAUGAUAUGUUGCAUAAUCAUGAGGAUUCUGAUGUUGUUGCAGUUGCUGAGCCAGAAGAUGACACAAGCAAAAAAAUGAUAAGUGAUGAUGUACCGACUGGUCUUAUGCAUACCAAUGUUGAGUUAGGUGCCAAGGUAGACUGCAAAAUUGAACAGGAAGAAGUAUCAACAUUGUCUGAUGCUGCUGCAUUGCAUUCUUAUCCUAAGGAACAUAUUGUGGCUGUGGCAAAAGGCCUUGCGCUCCCAAGGAGGAUGCUGAUGUCAGGCUACACAAGUAAUAUAGACUUGGACAGAAAAGAGGAGAGUCCUGACAUAAAUUCUUGUGAGAAACUGAACUUAAAUAGGAGUUCAGGUGAUGAAUCAAUGGAUGAGGAUGUGAUGGAAAGGAAGCAUGCCGAUUCCUAUAUCAAACCUGAAGAUCUUAGAGGAAAGACAAAGGUUACUUCGGAGCAUGUGUUUAAAGAUGUUUCUCUGCUUGAUACUCGUGCUGAGGGUUCCCCUGCACACUCAAAGGAAGUUGUCACUGAAGAGAAGCUAUCAACUCCAACUGAAAAGAGGAAACUUGAAGAUCAAGAAGUCAUUGAAAAUAAUGAGCCAAUCAAACGCCAGUACCUAUGGAACGAGGAUGCUGUCAAUAUUUCUGAUCAACAAGCAUCCAAAAUAACUAGUACUGGUACUCAGAAGGAAGUUAUUUGUCCUGCUCCAGAACGUUCUUUUGGCAGGCCUAAUACAGUAGCAAGAAGAAAUUCUCCAAAGGAGCGGAUUGUACCACCUGCCAAAACAUCCGCAACAACUUCUUUAAGAAUUGAUCGGUUUGUGCGCCCAUUUACUCUGAAAGCUGUGAAAGAACUUCUUGGUAAAACUGGAUCCAUCUGCAGUUUUUGGAUGGAUGAAAUCAAGACUCACUGCUAUGUCACAUACUCUUCAGUGGAGGAAGCUGUGGCCACGAGGAAUGCUGUCUACGACCUCCAGUGGCCCUCAAACAACAACAAUUAUCUGAUCGCUGAAUUUGUCGAUCCAGAAGAGGUAAAGCUCAAACUUGAAACUCCACCAUCUCAAAUUCCUCCUAUCAGUCUGAGCACAGCUACAGCACAGCAGACAGCAACCUUCCAACAGGCAAUGGCUAACCAAACUCUAGUACCUCCCCAUGUUCCUGCUACUUCGAGAGGUUUAUUGCCCACUCCAGCACGGUUUGCCAAGGUGCCUCCCACCUCUGACCCUGGACCAGCAAGGGAGAGCCUUCCUCCCCCUCCACUGAGCCUGGAACCUGCCCGGACACUGGAUGAGCUCUUCAAGAAGACACAGACGUACCCAAGGAUUUACUACAUGCCACUGUCAGAAGAGGAGGUAUCUGCUAAACGUGCAGCUCACGACAAAGGUAGAAGGGGAUAGUGGGCUUUAGUUUGUCGCUCAAGCUGGUAUUUUGGUAAGUAUCUUGUACUUGUCACAGCUGUUUUCAGAUGCAACCAUACUUGUCACGGCACAGCGAUCGACAGGCUCUCUUCUCCGCAGCUGACUCCACCAGACCAGCAGCUGCAGCUCUAUGAAGAACUACUGCACCGUACUUGUCCCUACAUUUAGCUGGUAUUGUGUUGAAAGGCUUUAGUAGUUUGUUGUGAGGGAAGACCUGAUUGGGUACGUGGUAUUUUGGAGUUAAGGAUACCGUGGCUUCUCCAAAUCACGAUGGCGUGUAAUUUUGGCAUUCCAUAGAGUACCACGGUUUCUCAAAACUAAGAUGAUGACAAAACAUCAGGGAUUUGGGUCCAAGUGAUGGUGUAAAUGCAGAAAAUUGACAGCAUUUUGGCUUCUCCAAAUCACGAUGGCUCGUUGAGUACUUUUCAUGCUCUAUCACACUUUGUUAAUAGCAUCGCACUUAUUGUAGGACAAACACUGCAAAGCAAAGUGUAUUUUGUGUCCAUGUUUUGAGUGGCUUAGUGUCCAACUCACUAGUGAUCGAUAGUCUUCAUGUUGUAUAGCGAGUAAGCGUUCCUAUUGCAGUGAAUUGAGUAAUUUGUUUGAGUGGCACUAGAUGGAGUGUUGCAAGAU